AUAGCUUAUCCAGACCGGCGCCGGCUCCUCAUGUGCCGUCUGCAGACCCGGUGCUGCUGUCUCCGACUGCAUCCACUCUAUCGCUCUUGAGUCGUGAAGACAAUGAAGAGCAAGGCUUGGGCCAUGCUGCUACUGGAUGGCAAGCCGGCCAGCUUUCCAGAAAUGGACCGUCGUUUCAUCUGCUCUGCCUAGUUGAGUGCCGUGAGGCCUUGUCGGCAAGCAAUCCCUCUCCAGAAACAGACGACCUUUGAAGUAGUAUCGCGGAUCGAAUGAUGUUCCCUGUCAAAGUCCGCGUUGCUUGGACCCAGAGUUCUGCCCAUGCUUCUGGGAGUCCAUAUCUGCAAUAGCAGCUUUUCUAUUAUAGCGCUUUUCCUAUCGCUUUCUUGUCCGUCUCUCGAAGUUCCCACACUGUUCACCUGUCACGCUGGAGUUUCAUCACGUCGACGCAUACCAGCCUCUUCUUAUACAGACGGCAUAUAUACCGAGUUAUCGAGUGCAGAUGAUGGGGACAUCGCCGACGCAGUGUGUAAGCGAUGCGACAGCGAACCAGGGUUAUCGCCGUGUCCGUCAGAGAGCAUCCGGCUCAUCGAGACUCCAAACAACCCGGGCAUCCUCCGGCCCCCAAAGCCGUCGAUCCCGGGAGCGGCGUAUGGCUUUCGGACGCCCACCUUCGGAUGGUCCAUCGACGAGCUAGGCACAACCCAGAGGUUCUUUGUCAAUCUCCUACAAUCCAGCGCUGAUCAGCAGAAAUAUGAAGGAAGUAGGCGUGGGAUGGAGAGAAAAGUUUUCUCCGCCGGCGCUCAGACUCGGGUCUGUCGAUCCUUGCCCUAGAGUAGCAGAGCCAGUCCUCUACGGAGUACGGAUACAUACUUGGGCAACACGUCAGUCGACAGACAGGGCCAGACCAUGAGGUU